AUGGAUAUCCAGGAGACUCAGCGGCUCCUUACGGAGUACCUUCAUGAACUUGCAAACUUGUUUCACCGGGUUCCCGGAUCAGCAAUAUUCCUGCGCUAUGUAAAGUCCAGUUAUCAAAAUGACCCAAUUCGAUCUGCAGUUGAGCUAUUCCUUUUCUUGUUCGCGGUUCGUUAUUUGCUCGCUCCAAAGUACUCGACCAAACCCGGCGUCGUCCAACUCUCGGAGGAUGAAAUCGACGAUUUAGUUGAUGAGUGGACUCCAGAGCCGCUCGUGGGGAAGCCAACACCCCUGGAGGAGCUGGAGGUGGAUAAGCGGACUGUGAUUGUUGGCCCGGUUGGUCCCAAGUCGAAAUUGUCCAAUGGUCGGACCGUCGCAAACCUUGCCUCCUACAAUUUCUACAACUUCAACACCAAUGAAUCCCUCAAAGAAAAGGCGAUCCAGACUCUCCGCAACUAUGGCGUUGGUCCUUGUGGCCCUCGAGGGUUCUACGGCACUCAGGACGUCCAUAUGAAGACAGAAGCGGACGUUGCGUCUUUCCUUGGUACUGCGGCGUGUAUCAUUUACGCGCAGGCAUUCUCUACCAUUUCGAGUGUCAUUCCCGCCUUUUCGAAACGUGGGGAUAUUAUUGUUGCGGAUAAGGGGGUUAGCUUCGCCAUCCGCAAGGGCAUCCAGAUCUCGCGCAGUAUGGUUCGGUGGUAUGAGCACAAUGACAUGGAAGAUCUUGAAAGGGUUCUCGCCAAAGUCACCAAGGAACAGGCACGAAAGCCGCUCACAAGGCGAUUUAUCAUCACCGAAGGCCUCUUCGAAUCGUACGGCGAUAUGGUUGAUUUGCCCAAAAUCAUUGAGUUGAAACUUAAGUAUAAAUUCCGACUCAUCCUUGAUGAAUCCUGGUCAUUUGGUGUCUUGGGAAGGACUGGCCGCGGUGUGACGGAGCAUCAGAAUGUAGAUGCAGCUGAAGUUGAUAUGAUCGUGGGCUCGCUGGCGGGCCCAUUAGUCGCCGGAGGUGGCUUCUGUGCCGGUUCUGAGGAGAUUGUUCACCACCAACGUAUUUCUGCUGCCGCCUACACCUUCUCUGCAGCACUGCCUGCCCUGCUAUCCACAACCGCCAGUGCCACUAUCAACCUCCUCCAAACCAGCCCGGAAACAGUGUCACAGCUACGGGAGCAUACCAAGGCUAUGUGGGCGCAGCUAGACCCCCGUAGUGAAUGGGUCUCCUGCACCAGUGCACCGGAAAACCCUAUUUUGAUACUGGUUCUUAAGCCAGAGGUGGUUUCUUCAAAGAGCCUUUCCGCCGAGGACCAGCAAUUCCUGCUGCAGGAUGUAGUUGAUGAGUGCCUUGCAAACGGAGUGCUCAUUACUCGCCUCAAGACCCUCCAGGACAACUUUGUACCGAAGCAGGUCGUCUCGCCGGCAUUGAAAGUGUGUGUGACGAUUGGCUUGACGAGGAAAGAAAUUGAAAAAGCUGGCACCACCAUCCGUCAUGCUAUUACGAAAGUUCUGAGCAAAAGGAAGUGA